UUCCUCUUUUUUUUUUUUUUUUUUUUUCUUUCCCUUUUCUCUAAGCACUUCAUCUGUAACACCCAUGCAAUUCUUCACCCUGAUCUUCUUGAUUCUUUUCUUUUUCUCUAAAUUCAACCACUUACAAACAGGAUGAUUCAGAUCGGCAAAAUUGGAUCAGAGCAGAACAAACGUAGAUGGGUACAAACUCCAUUUGAAAGAUUUUGCUAUAUUCUAAUGUUUUUUUGUUUUGCAUUUUGAGAAAUCCUAAUUUGCAAGGAAUUGAUUUUUUUUUUCUUAGCUGAUUUAGGAAUUUGUUAUAGAUUUUUUUUUUGUUUGGAUUUGGAAAUUUGUUAUUAAGAGGAAUGAGACACUGUGCGUGAGAUUGAAGACAUAAGCAUCCUUUAUUGUAGGGCAAUUUGGUAAUUGCCUAACUCACCCCAAAGGAUAUAUCAAAAUGCCCAUAAACUUUUGGCAAAAUGGAUUGGAAGAGCUUCAACUUUUUCAGCCCAAAAAGCCCGUUUUGGAACAAGCCAGCCCAAAAAUUCCGUUUGGUCGGUAUAAAACGCAUCUUUUUGAAAAAAGUUGCAUUUCAUACUUUUGAUCCUUCUUCUUUCUUCGUCUUCUUCAACGCGUAUUCCUGUGUGUGUGUGUGAGAGAGAAAGAAAGAUGGGAAGGCUUUUUGCGAUCACUCUUGAAGGACGCAUCUAUAGCUGCAAGCACUGCACGACACACCUUGCUCUUUCUGAUGAUAUCGUUUCUAAGUCUUUCCGUUGCAAGCAUGGAAUGGCUUAUCUCUUUGAUAAAGUCGUAAAUGUCACACUUGGAGAGAAAGAAGAGCGCUUGAUGAUUACUGGAUUGCACACUGUUGUUGACAUUUUUUGUGUUGGGUGUUGCUCAAUUGUGGGUUGGAAAUAUGAGGCUGCAAAUGAGAGAACCCAGAAGUACAAGGAAGGAAAAUUUAUCCUAGAGAGGUUUAAGAUGUUUGGUCCUGAUGGGAGCUUCUUCGCAACACCUCAUGAUGCUACAUUUGGUAGUAGUGAUGCUGAUGAUGCCUGACUAGCCAUUCAAUAUGGAAUUGAUGGACUAUUUUAAUUUUACAUUCUAUGCACUCUAUGUUCUUGGUUGAGUCUGAAACCUGAGUUCAUAAUGUUAGUCUCUUCACUGUUAUGGACCAUUUUUGCAGAUUGUAUUAUAACAAUGCACUUUCUCUAA